GAUGCUUGUCUGACCAUCCGAAGGCUAUGCUCGGACGACUUUUUCCGCCGAAAAAAGGAAGUUGGCCAUUUCUCGGAAAGAGGCUCGCGUUUGGCGAUAUAAACCGAAACCCGUGAUGAAAUCGAUCAGAACUGUUUACCUCUCGUGCCACGAGAACGUACGGACUCACCGUGAAGUGAAGACGAUCCUUCGAAGAUAGAAUUAGUGCUGGCUCGAAAUUUCGAAGGAUAUUUUGAAAUAGAUUUUUACCUCGGGAUCGCGUAGUUUCCAGCCAUGUCGUGUUGGGAUACAUUUCAGAACCUGGAGGGACACCACAAGAAUAAAAUUCUGACGGAGCUGCAGGCCGCUUUUGGCGGAUCAAUUGAAUUCGAGGCGUCCAUUUAUUUAAUGCAGUGGUUGGAACUUCAGCCUUGGCAGGAGGCAAUAAAUGUAAAUCUUCAGGGAACAAAUGUAAUCAAAGCCAAGCAGCUAAUGGAUGCUACAAUAGCUCAACUAAAUGAUCAUAAAAAAAAGCUGGAAGGCUUGGCCUCAAUUUCCUUAAAUGAUUUCCAUAAUGUGCUGUUAGCAAAAAAAGUACAAGACGUGAUACAACAGUUAGAGGUGAAGUAUGGCAGUGAUCCAGUCAAACUUGCAGAGUAUUUUCAUGGAGUUGUGUCCAAGCUGAGAGAAUUAGUUCAAAGUGCAACGUCUAUUCCACUAGAAACACUGUCAACUGUGGAAAUGGAAGACAUGGACACUGAAGAAAAUGCUCCCCCUGAUCAGUAUGCUGUUUUGAAACAACAACUUGAAAUACUUGUCAAGGAGAGCCAGAAAAAUGAUGCCCUCCUCAAGGAGAUAGAGCAGCUUAAAGAACAAUAUGUGAUCAAGUUCCAGGAAGUGAGCGGGAAAAUAGAUAAAUAUCAAAUGGAGGCACAGAAAACAAAAAACUCAUCUCAGCUCAGUGAAAAUGACAAGAAACAAAGGUUGGACCAAAUAAAGCAGGAGACGGAAAAAAUGCAGCACGAACUAAGCAAGAUGGGAGAAGAGCUGUCAAUUGCCAAAAGACUGGGCUUCAUUGAAUGCCUUUGUACUCACCUAAAAAAAUUGUCAGACAUAGUCAAAACAUGUAUUGAAGAAAUUGCUGAAUGGCGACAUUUACAACAGAGGUCGCUUUGUGGCUUUCCAUGUCCACCACCUCUUGACAAACUUCAAGAAGUUUGUGAAACGCUGGCAGAGCUACUGUGGAAACUAUUUCAACAGGCUUCACAGCUUGACAACCUUUUCCACCAAGCAUUCCAAGGUAAUGAAAUAGAACUUAAGCGCAUGGAUAAUGUCAAAACGUCUGCAAGAAACCUUAUGAGGCUAUUUUUAAACAGGACAUUUAUCAUAGAAAAACAACCUCCACAAGUCUUGAAGAUACAAACAAAGUUUGGAGUUGCUGUUCGGCACCUUCUUGGUGACAAGCUUAACGUCCAAAUCCACCCGCCUGAAGUCACGUGUUCUCUGAUCUCCGAAAAACAAGCCCAAGGUCUUCACACUGGGAAUCGCUCUAAAAGCACUGCGCCAUCAAAUAACAAUCCUGUGCUAAACAGUAAAAAGGCGCUGGAAUUCAAUCAAGUAACAGGCAAACUCAUAGGCGAGUUCAAGAACUUGUCGCUGACCAAGGCCACGAGACAGGGCGGUAAAAACAAGGAAGUGGUGACGGAGGAAAAGUCUUCGUUACUUUUCACGACACAGAUUAAUUUAGGAAAGGAACAGUUUAAUAUUUCGGUAAUGUCGGUGCCUGUGGUUGUUACAGUUCAUGGAAAUCAACAGUGUGAAGCCGAAGCUACCGUUUUCUGGGACAACGCAUUUGCCGAAAAGGAAAGAAAAUUGUUCGAUGUCCCGGAUCAAGUCGAAUGGUCACGUGUUGCUGAGGCUCUCAAUAAACGUUGGGUUCUCAAUAAUGAGGGUGAACUCAGUCCCGAAAGCAUGGCUUUCUUAGGAACAAAACUCUUUCCAGGAAAACUCGAGGGAGGUAGGGACAACGCCAUGGUGACGAGACAAAUGUUUUAUAAGGAUCAUGUGGAUAAGCGGUCAUUUUCUUUUUGGAAAUGGUUUUUUGGUGCGCUGGAUGUAGUUUCAAGGCGGUUACUGGAUGAGUGGAAAGACGGACGCGUGGCUGGCUUUUUGAGCAAGAAUGCCGCGCAUGAUAUGCUAAGCGGGUGUAAUCCUGGCACAUUCCUGUUGAGGUUCAGUGAAGGUGAAGUGGGUGGUGUCAGCGUCGCCUAUGUUUCGUUCACUGAUGGUGGUCCCUGUGAAGUGUAUGAUGUAGCUCCAUGGACGAACGCGCACUUACAAAUGCGAAAGUUUUCUGAUCGCCUUAAAGACUUAGAGGAACUCGUUUAUCUCUACCCACACAUCGACAAGAACGACGCCUUUGGCCAAUACUAUACGAAUGAUGAAAACGCAGCUGCUGAAAAUACAGAAUAUCAACAAGCUUUCCUGGCGGUCAGGCUAGCGGGUAAACAAGGCGGCAAGAGUCCGAUGUAUCAGGCUGGAAAGGAUGGGUCCAUGGAAACUCUGUCAUCAAAUUCGUUUCCACUUAGCGGUUUUCCAGAUAUGCCAUAUGGCCUGUACCCUGGAGGCUCUCCUGCUUCACCAGCAUCACCCCAGUCGGUUGCCAGCUCCACCUUCCUAGAUGGUACAGAACUCGGUUUGGCAAACCAAGAAAUUGUGGGAGACUACGGACAAAUGGCGUCUGAGCUGGCUUUGAGUCAAGUGUUUCUUAGCGGCCUUCAAGGCGGACCGGUCGGUGGCCAGCUCGGUGGCCAGCUCGGUGGCCAGCUCGGUGGGCCUGCAAGCUACAUGGCUGCGAUGGCAGCCGCCAUGGGUGAUGACUUUGCAGAUCUCUUACUUAAUGAAACUAAUCCUGCGCAGCCGCAGUAGAGGCUAGUUACGAACCUUGGAGACCGUCGAGGAAAGGAACUACUGUUUGUUGAUGAGUACCUGUAAACGUGGCUUGCUUUGCUUUCGUAAUGCAGUAGGAAAAUAAUUAUUGAUCUACAUGACGACUCUCACAGUAGUUCCAUAGUGUGAUAGACUUGGUUCACAUUGCAAACAGAGCUUGUUUCCUCGACUAAGAGAACAAAUGUUUUCAAACAUUUUAAUGUUUUCUCUUGCGAUUAUUUGCCAAAGCGCAAAGCGCAUUUUGUCGAUGAUAUAGCUAGGUGUUGAAGCACAACAGUUGCUUUACAAAUUAUUCCCCCGAUUCAUUUGGUCUUGCUUAGUUUGUCCGCUUACCAGGGAAACAGAGAUGUUAUGUUAUCACCUGGCACUAAAUGUGGUGGGAACCAGAAUCAGGGGAGUUUAAAGGAGCUGAACUGUGCCUCCAUUUGGCUGAACACAAAGUAUCGUUCCUGAGGUUUUUAAUUGGAGUUCGAUCUUUGUAAGAGUCGAGCUAAAGUGGCGGGUGUGGUUACGUAGUACGAGGGUUGCAGAUGUGAAAGACACAGUUACUAAUUUUGUUUCUCCCUCGACAUUCUGUUGCCUUGGACUCCUCGACGAGUCCUUUAUAAAGUAUUACGUUUUCUCGCUUGGGAUGGAUUAUGAUGAGUCACUGGAGAAUCUGAAGAAUUUCAAGAUUAUGUCUCACAUGUUUAGUAGGUAUUUAUUUAGCGUAAUGUCGAGGAGCUUGAACGUGUUAGCAAGUGCUGACUUUUUAGUGGACUUCACGGUUCUUGCUGCCAUGCAGUGAAUUAUCAAACAAGAAGGGUCUUAUUAUCAAACAAGAAGGUCCAGUGUAAGUAUAAGAUUAUGUUGCAAUUGUUGUAUAAUUUUCCAGUGAGAUAUAGAGAAUGCAAAACGGUUAAAAAUCAUUCGCUUUGUCAGUUAAACGUAAUAGAUGAGAUACUAAGUUAACCACGACAACAAGCUUAAGGUGAAAUAAUUCACCAGAGUAAUAUAAUCAUAUAUAUUAAAUCAAAACUGAAGUCAAUGGCAGUUUAAAAACGUUUUACAGUUCGGUUUUUACGUAAGGUUGAGAUUUCUUAAACGUUUUAAUACAUGUAGGUAAAUUGCAUCUUAAUAAAAGGGUAAAUACUUUGUUUUUCUCCAAGGUUCGUAAACUACCUCUUAUUAUCUCCUGCAUUAGUGAGCAAUAGUUACAUGCUAAUUUAACUUCGAGGCAAAGGUUUCACACAGCUCAUAUGCGUUAUUUUCUGUUAACGAUAGUUGGUUGUUGGAGUUUCCUAGUAAUGACAGAGGUUAAAGGUAUACAGUAUCUUGUAAAUUUUAAAGUAUACAGUAUUUUAUCUAGAUGUUUUGCUACACUGCUUAGUAGAUAAUCAGUCGCAAAGAAAGUUGUAGGACGAACACCAUUUUUCGGCACCGUUUACCGUGAAAGGGUUCAGUGUCGAGGAUCGUAGAUUAGUGAACCUAUCGUUACUGAAAUAAGUGUGGGAAAGUUAAGAUAAUCGUAGGCUUUUUAUGUAGAUAAUGUUUUCUUUUCUAGUAAAUUGCUCAAAAUGUACAAAGUUUCGAAUGAAAUCAUUAGAUACGGCUCUUGAACAUCUUUAUAUAAUUUGAGUAACAAUUAUCUGUAAAAUAAUUUUCUUUAUCAUCAGGGAAGUACAUGUAGUGGAACGUUUGAGAACGUGGAAGGUAAAGGCGAUAUUAAACAGAACGUGUUUAAGCCUCA